CUGAGCCGGAAAGAGUGGACCCAGAAUAUAAAACACCUCGUAUGAAAAAGUCUGUGAAAACGUCACAUCACAAUGACAGGAAACACACAAUAAGACAAAAAGCUUGGAGGUAAGUUUCAGAGUGUUGCAUGUUAGACUUUUCUUAUCAACCCUAACGUAUACACAUAAAUUAUAUUCCUUUAGCUCCUUUUUUUUAUUAUUUGUAUUUGUGUUGAUAUAGUCUGGCGUUUCUAAUAAAAUGAAAACGAAUUGUUUUUUACCACAAAUGUAAGGCCUUUCAAACAGGAAUAAAUUUAAGUUUUUACAAAAUAAAACUUAGGCAGCCUUAAUAUUUAAGGUACAAAUAUGUUGUAUAGGAAAAAAAAAAUAGAAUGAUACCUCGACUUUGGUACUUGAUUCGUUUCGAACAGUGGUUCGAAACUCGAUGAAUUCGUAUCUUGAAGCCCAAUUUCCCAUAACAUCUUACGCUAAAUUACGCUAAAUUGAUCCAAUCUAAGGUUAAAAAAUUAAAAAUUAAAAAAAAAAUGCUAGAGUAAUAACAAAGAAAAAAAAACAACGAAACAAAAGAACUGCUCUCACCUAAUUAAGAAAAUCCAAGAGAAUGGAUAAAGAGAGAUUCUGAUCAUUUUUAAGUAAAAACUGGGCAUUUGUUAGCCAUUACAAUUUAAUUUAUCUAAUCUUUGGUUUUAUAUGAUGGAUAAGGAUAAAGCUUGAAAAUCACCUUCCUUUUCAGUGUUGACGUCAAUAGAAUUGGGGGGGGGGGGGGGGGUUUUUAGAGCUUGGGCCAAUUUAGUAUGUAUUCGGUUCGCACUAUUAUCGAUUACAGUUAACUAAUUUAAUAGUGUUGGACAGUGAUAAAGCGGUUAUGUGGAUUGAUGAGACACACACUAAAAAGAUUUGGAACGUUAAUUCGAUACGGUAACAACCAAUUUUACAAUUUUUACUUAGCUAAAAUGUCUUUUCCUGUUUGGCUUUUAAAUUGGUCUCCCAGCCACAUUCUUUCCUUUUUCUGAGCUUUGUUUUCGUUAGGGACUUGUGUCCUUAUCUUAUUUUUUAUUUUUUUACUUUUGAUUUUUAUUUAUAGGUAGGAACUAUAUUUUUUAUAUUAAUUUAAUUUAUAAUUAAGCGAAAGUUUUUGUUGUAGUGAUGAAGGCAUUUGCCAAAAUGUUAGCUUUUGUAUUCUGUUUAACUAUAAUUAAAGCCUCACCUAUGUUGUUUUUUUUACAAAAAUUUGAUUGUGUAGCAUUCAUCUACCGAUCACAAUAUUUCAUAGACCUAUGUGCGUUUGACGACCCGAGGCGAAGAGACCUUAUUCUCUCGGUCCGCCCAUUUUAGGAAUUCUGGCUUGACACUCUUCUCCAUACUCACGCGUCCCUAGCGCAUAUAUGGGCCUCUCAUUCGGCCACUCAAUCAAUUAACAUUAUGAUAAAAAAUUUAUACACACAGUACAUUUUUUUUAAACAAAACUAAAAUAAUUCUUCACUUACAUUAUUGUUUGAUCACGCAAAUACCGAAAUAGUUAUACACACACAAAACAAAUACUUACGUUCAGCACCGCUAGUUACAUGGUAUUCCAGAUAUCUGCGACGUAGUAACAAAUAACACGACAGGUACGGCAGGCACGCAAGCGCAGUUAAUCGUACGUCUCGAACUUACUUUAGUGUGUAUAGGUGUAAAAUGGGAUAUGAAAAAAAUUCGCAUCUCUUUAAAUUAUGGGCUGGUCCACUUUUCCCGUAUUAAACAGAAACUCGUCCCUCUCCCCCAUAGACAGCGACGAGGCUAUGACAGGCAAUUCAGGCUCAUACCAGCAGGAAGCCAGUAUAGGAGCUGCUCAUUCCUACCCAAGACAAUCAGGGACUGGAACAAUCUGUCAAAAGGAACGGUUGAGGCGACAACACAAGACACAUUUGUGUCUAUUGCCUCAAGCCUUCAAACCCCUAGUGCAUGAUUCCCUCACAAAGUGGCACUGGAAAUCAGUGAAAUUUCCUCAUCAACACCAGGAACAGAAAUAUUGCAAAUCCCAACUACAUGCAUGCGAGCCAAAAUGAUCAAUAAAUUGAUCGUGGGCCCUUAAGAUAUAGAAGAAGAAGAAAUUCUUAUAUUAUAAAGUAGUUCGUAGGUCGAGGUGACGCUGUCUUUUAAAAGAACUAAUAUUUGAGCUUGGGCAACUUCUAGUAAUGGAACUCAAUCUCUGGAAUAGGAUUCUUUUACAUUAAAGCUCAACAUAUUAAAAAAAUCCAACAUUUAUUAUUAAAAGGAUUAUCGUGUUUCAUCUGUACAAAAAUAUUCAAUAUGUGUUUAAAUGUGCAAUAAUUAUGGUUAAAGCUUAAGUUUAAAUAGACAAUCUUAAAUAAAGCCUCCAAAUGUAAAAAAAAAAAAAAAAAUUUAAAACUCGCAUACUACACCCAAAACUCCAUCAUGGCAAAUACGGGAUAUUUUGGUUGAUUGAUCUGUUGAUUGAUUGGAUAUAACGCUGGCAUCUAUGCUACUUUAGCAUGCGCCACGGCGCUCCGAUUUUCUUAAAUCUAUUUAAACAAAAAAAGUCUUUUUUCUUAAAUGAUUUUUUAUAUUAUUUUCAAUUCCCCUCAAAGAUUGAGGCAAACUUUUCCAUAAUUUUGGCUUCGAUCGCUUCAAUAGAGUGCAGUCCGUACGACUUUUUUCUUUGUUCAUCCACACUGGGGAUUUUCAGGAAAGUCUGUGUUGAAAACCACAGGUUGUUUAAGGAGACAUGUUCAUAAAUCAGUUCUUUAAGAUAUUCCCGAGCAGAGCCUUCUAUGCAAGUGUUCGCCAGGGACAUAUUGUUGUGGCUAUUGCGCUCACUCACAGGAACCCAAUUUUAAACUAACAAAUAAAUCAAAACUUCAAACUGUUACAAAUAUUUUUUUUUAAGGAAAAAAAAUAGUUACAUUUUUUUCAACAAAUAAAAAAACACAUUUUUCUACUUCCAUAUACAAAAAAUGAAGUGAUAUCAACAAUAAAAUUACAUUAUUCUUGGUAGCCAUUACCCAUGCAUAAAAACUGGGUGUUGACCUUUGUACUCUAUUAUAAUAUGCUAAACUUUGCAGAGUUUGUUUAAAAGAUGGAAGAUAUUUUCUUCUUCUAUAUCUUAAAGGCCAAUGAUCAAUUUAUUGAUCAUUCUGGCUCCUAUUUAUGUAGAGAGGACACGCAAUGUUUCUGUGUCCUUUAAAGGGCCUAUCUGCGUAUUUUCUAAAUACAGCGCUGUAUCCAAGUCUCUCUUACUUAGUCGUAGUUCCAGAUCUACGAUGUUAAUGACAUAAAUUGACGUUCUUUAAUAAAUUAAUAAAAAUUGCCGUCUGCAAGAUCAUAAUUUUAAAUCGAUGUGAAUCUACACAUGGGUUUAAUCGCCUAAUGUAUUCCGCUAUGUAAAGAAAAGCGAGCAAUUUUACAUCAAGUUUCACUAAAAUUAAUUCUUCAAUGAUGUAAUGCGUUGUAAAAAAAAAUUACAAAAAUUGGUGCUCCCACCCAACCCAUUCAUAGAAAUUGCUCUGUUUCUAUUUGUUUAUACCUUGGUGACUCCAGUAAUUGUGUAGCGUUAAAAAGAUUGAGGGCUGCUAUUCUCUGUAACGUUCAAAGUAGCAUACGUAAAAAAAUACUAACCUAUUUUAUUAUAACUUAACAUGUUUUAAAAUAUUUCAGGAUUGCGGGGACGUGUUUGUCUUUCAUUGCUUUGGUUUUUGCCUUGACAGCCAUUGUGAUACUUUGUAUGAAAAUGAAUGGAAAUGCGAUGGUGAGUUAUGUUUUAUAUUUUCCUCUGCGUCAAAGCACAAACAUGUAGAUUUAAAUAUUUGAACCAUUAUUAGUAGAUUUAUUUAUAUAUCGGUUGGUCGAAUCAUGCUGUCUAAAAAUGUAAGUAACCUUUAUUUUGAAAAUGAUAUUAGAAUUCUAACUUACUUGAAUUUUUACAAUGAAAGUAAUUGAAAAUGAAAACCAUUCACAUUCGUUACCAAUUGAUAUCCAUCCUUCUCUUUCCCUCUUUCUCUCUCUCUCUCUCCCUGUCUCUAUCUUGUCCUUUCUUUCUUUUCCUCUAUCUGUUUCUCUAUCUCUCUCUGUCUCUAGUGUUAUUUAAGAUUAGCAUACAUCUGACAAUUAAUGGAUAAUAAAUGCGUGAUCUCUCCUCUGUCCCGAUAACAUUCGUCAACCGAAGAUUAGGUCACCAAUACUAAGACUUAAGGAUUAUUUAUUCACUUUAGCGAUGCACUAGCGAAAUUAAUUUUGCAAAGCAUUCCAUGUGUAUAAUGAAUUAUAAAUGAUUUAAAAAGUAGUGAAGUUACUGUGUCUGAGAUUUAAUUAAAUAAGGACUGUAUAAUUUAUUGCAAGAAACAACAAAAGUUUAGCCUGUUGAAUUUGGUAGCAGACAUAUCUGAAAAUCUGCAUAUAUCCCUCAAUCCAGACGCAGGAUUUUCAACCGGCAUCUGAGGUGAAGCAGUAUUCCAGGUUCUGUUUCAAGUGCGCCUUGGUUGGAGAUUACCCAGACCACCAUCCUAAACACAACCCACUGUUGGAGAUGUUGAACAACUUGACAAGACAUGAAAUAGACGACCAUAACAGCGAAUGUUGUGUUGAGAAUGAUAGACAAUUUAAGGCUUUAGUGGCUUUCGUAAGUUAUUGUAUUGUGAUGCAGUAUUUUCAGCCAGUUUGAGAAUUACAGUUUUUAAGAACAAAUUAUAAUUAGGGGACUCCUUGAUUUGAAAUAAGUUACCUAGUAAAUACAUCUUACCAACUCUUCCUUUUUAAUUGAAAGGAGUUUUAACAUCAAUCUAAACAUUUAUUAAACUUUUCAUACUUUUUAAAUUUUGAAUCAUACCUUAAUGUCAAUGUCUUCAUUAUAUUCUAGUUGAGUGCGUCAUUAAUAACUAAUCAGGGUAAGUUAUACAGAUUUCUUUUUAACGAUUUCAUAGCUCUAUUUAUUAUAUUGUAUAUUAUUAUUUUUGUCUUGUCUAUAUUCUCUAGUUUAAUGAGAAAAAUAUUACUAUUUUCAUAAAGGAGAAAAGAUAAAUUAAUUUUUUUUUAAAGUACUUUUCAUCGUUUUAGCAACCAUUGUAACAAACUUGUUUUAAGUAAGUCAUGUGCCACGAUUAAUUUUUUUUUUUUUUUUUUUAGAUUCGUUCAUCAGAUUCUUUACACGUCCUUUCCUAUUAUUAAUGAAACUUUAAUCUAUCGACAAAUCUAACAGGCUUUACAUUUAAUCAAACACAUGUACAGCCCAGCUUGCUGUAAGGAGAAAUUUACACAUUCAUUGACUACCAUAUUCGUUCGACGAUUACUCACUAACAUGAACGUACGCUAAGGACAGUUUAGACUCUGGAUAAUACGUUAUAAUUAUAAUCAAUAUAGGUCACCAACUACAUGGCAGAAAAGCCUUCAUUAACUUUCUAAAAAACACACAACGUAAAAUAGAACAAAAAUGCAGGUGUUCAACAAUUAUUAUUGAAUGCCGAUGUUCCACAUUAUUUUUUUAAAAAUAAUCUUUCAUUAAUAUUCUAGAAAUUAAUUUGCCAUAGCCCAAAAGUUAGAAAAAGUAUACUUUAAAAAAAAGUGUUAUACAGACGUUUUAAUAAGUAACCUCUAUGUUUUGUUCUAUUAAAGUAACACUCCAAAUUGUACCACAUUCUACAUUUCAGAUGUGAAGUUGCCGAUUAAUCUGCUACCUGCGGCAUCCGUAUCUGCUCAUAAGCAUCUUUUACGUGAACAACAUUCAACAGACAAAAGUUAGUGUUAACGCAGACAGUCGGCUUCACAUUGAAAAAAAAAACUAUUCAUAUUUUAUGUUAAAGUAGUUAAUAAUAAAUCGAUCAAGUCUCAACAAUAUUGUAUCAUCUGCAGUUUUGACCAUCGAAUUAAAAACAAUUUAAGCGAGAGUUAUAUAUGUUUAAUGCAUUUAGCUUGAGGUUUUUGGCGGAUAACUUAAGGUUGUUGUUUUUUUUUUUUUAAGUACAAUAAUUUUUCUCAGUACGCAACUUAUAAUAUUUUAUGUCUCACCUAGUCAUUUUAGAGGUACACUUUUUUUUUUUAAUCGAACAGAAUACGGUGAACAUUUCCCGCUGACUUUGAACACAUCAUCACAUGAUCCAUCUUAUGAACAUGUUCGUGGAGUCGAUGUUACCAAAGAUGGAUUCAUUGUCAAGUAUACAGGUUUGUAUUGUAUCUUUUUAAUAGCCAUGUGGGUCGAUUCUUUUUGGUAUUAGAAACAAAUAAUAUACAACAAAUACAACAGAGGAUUUCAACGAGGAUAAGAAGAACAGUCUCCUUAAGUUUCUUGUACAAUUCUCGUUAAUGGUCAAGGUAUGUGUGGUGUAUAAUACUAUAUUUACUUCAGCCUGUACGCUUUCACGUAACAGAUACCCAUUGGUUAUUGUAAGAUGUAUCGAACAAGGAAAUGUUUUGCCAUGCUUUGAAGCUGAAAAGUUACAUUAAGAAACACAAUCUCCUCAAAAGAUGCUGUACAAAUCUUGUUAAUAGUCAUAAUAUAUCGUCCUGAUGGUAUAUAGUGAUAUAUUUGGUAAAGCCUGUAUGACUGCUUGUAAGAGUCACGCUAUUGCUAUCGUGAUGUUCUAGGACAACUAAAGUUUUGGCAUGCAAUGAAGCUGGAAAAUAACGGCAAUUUUUUUAUAUUAAGAAUUUAAUGUCAGAACUUUAAUUUUAAUGAAGAUAAGUUGUGUGAAUAGAACACCAUAUUAUCAAUCUACAAUAAAAUGUAAACAUUUAAAAUUGUGUAAUAUAUGAAAAUUGUUUUAAUAUCUUUAUGUGUCGAAAAAUCUGUAUUUUUUAAAUAUUUUUAAGGCCUCUACUAUGUGUAUUCAAGCGUUCAAUUCAAGCGUCAGCAAGUUACUGAUAAAGUAAGCAAACCGGAGUACUAAUCUGAAGAAAAAAAAAGUUGAAUUAUGAAGUUUCACUCUUAGUUUAACCAUUAUAUAUGUCCUCCAAACUUUAAUUUUAUCCGAAAAUCAUUGAGUGGACAUAAUAUUUUUGUAAAAUUAUUAUUUUACAAUUUUUACUGACAUCUGGAAGUGAACUUAUUUCUAUCCCUGUAUUGCCAAAUGAAUUAGAAAUGCUAUUCCAUAAUUUUUAAUGCUCAUUUUUAAAUCAGUGAUAUUUAAAAGAAACAAAACGCAUUGCAGGGCCAGUAACAAAAUGCCUCACCUUGUGGACUGGAAUAACCUUUUUUUUAAAUAUUCAUUUAAAUAUAUCCCUUCUGAAAUAUGGAAUGUAAACUGUUUUUUUUUUGUUUAUUUCAGACCCUGUAUCACUACCUCCACCGGAUCAGCUUCAACAAUCCGAUGCAGACUGGCGUUUUGUUGAGAUCUGUCCACACAAUCUGUCAGAGUUGCCCACAAUCUCAAGAGACAUCUUUUGCUGGUAACAUGGUCAAUAAAUCAAUUAUUUUUAUAUUGAAGUAUUAUUUAACAAUUCUACCUCCUCACAUCAAAAUUUGUUAUUCAAAAAAUCAAAGCUAAAAUCUAUUUUGAUUAAUACAUUUUCUAUAAUCUUCGUACCACAGAAAUUUUUCAAAAAAAAAAUUAAAUUAAAAAAAAAAUGUUUUUUUUGUAUACUUUGGAAAAUAAAAUUAAAUGAUAUAAUGGAUUAUAAUAUUUUAAAGAAAUUGAAACUCAAUCUGUGUUGAUAUUUAAUUUUUAAUUGAAGGCGGUAUCUUCUACCUUAAAUCUGCGGACAAAGUUCAAGUGUGUGUUUCCGCCCUUGGAGUUGUGGACGAGCAGGGGGAAGCCAUGUACAUGGGGCUAACAAUGUUAAACGCAUAGACCUAUUUUAAUACGAGGUUAUUUUAAACGCAUAGUCCUAUUUCAGUAUGCACACCGAUAAUGGGACAGACAAAAUCAUAUGUUAUACAUCCUAGAUUGUUUUCAUCAUAUUUUAUUAUCAUUUUGAUGCACUUGAAAUGCAGUGAUUUUCUUAUUAACAUCCUGUGUAUUUACUCUGGGCAGUUUAUUGCACCAUUUUCACGCCAUUACUAAAUUGCACCCAGGGGUCAAUGACUCAAGUGUGCAAAACACAUCUUUUAUUAAGUUUAUAUAUACCCCUAGACAAUUACUUGGCCUCCUUUGUCCUCCUCCCGAAUAGGAGCUAUUGGAAUUUUUUGAAGUUAUUACUGAAUGUUGUUCAUAAUCAGUGACGGCCAAGUUAAUAGCUAUGUGACCUCACAAUUUAACACAGUGGCAUUUGCAUCUGAAAGACAAUGCGCUACAGUACAAGACCUUGCUUGUUUUGGCAACCAGGACCUUUCUACUAAAUAUUACUUUUAUAUAAAAAAACUUAUUUUUUUUACGUUUUGCCUACAUAUUACACGAAUAUGAAAUAUCAUAUCAUGUUUUUAGAUAAUUUUAAUGUCGCAGUUCUUCUAUUUAUUAUGUUGUCACUAUUCUAUUAUUUUACCUUAGCAAUUUUAAUAAUUUUAUUGCAGAUUUUUCCGUUAGUUUAUUGUCACUGUUUUAUUUAUUUUAUUGUUGCAGUUCUGUUUAAUUGAUGUACAUUGAUUUUAUAAAUGCUUUAUUUCUUAUCUUGACUGGUUUAAAAAUUGGGUUAUUUCACUAUGUAAGUGUGGCCUAAACCGAGGGCAUGGAAUACAUUUUUGAAACGUUUUGGUUCCAUUUCUAACAAGGAGCCCCGUAUGUCACGAUCUUAAAAUUUAAUCAUAGAUUUUGACAAAUGUCAAUAUUUUUCGUGUCGCAAAAUUGCGUAUUGGUCUGAAGAAAUGGGGAAGGUCAACGAGCACAUUUAUAUGACAUGUUGCAGUAAAGAUGGAGCUAUCUAAGGCACUAGAAACAGAAAUCUUAUUGGGAAAUCUAAGACCUGGUGUCUUUUUUUCCCGUUGUUGUUAUAUGUCUAUAAAAAAGUAUGCGUAAAAAAAGACAUAUGCGCGUCCAUAAUUUAUUUAGAUUUGAAGAAAGACCCUCAUAGAACACAUCUCACGAUCAUACUUUACAUAAAAGUGGCUUCAUUCGAAACAAGUUUAAUCAACUUUUUAUUUACUUAUUUUCUAUUUAUUAAAUCAAAACUGUAAUGAACUGUUUGUUAUACAUGGAAUUGUCAACCACUUGUGACACCAAUGUAAUAGUCCUUAUAAUUAUACACAUGUUCACUCAUUUUUCUGUUACUCUUCGCUAAAUCAUACACAUGACUGACACCGAUUUGUGAGAUAAAAUACAGCGUUCUUUUUUUGCAUACUUCCCUUUUAUUAGACUGCUCACAGAGUUACAACAAAUGGUACAACGUUCAAUCAUAGAUCCAACAAUACAACAGAAUAAUAGAGUAACCAUAACACGUCAUUGGGCAGUUCAAAUAAUAAUUGUUGUAUUGGAUAAUAGAGGAAGGCAAAGUCCUUCAUAAAAAUAUAAUAUAGAUAGCUACCCCUCCCUCUCUCUCUGAAAAAAAAACAUGGCUGAGCAAUCUUCAUAGUUUCUUAUACUCUCGUUCAAAAUCUGGUAUUCCACGAGCUUAUUAAAACAUAAUUCAAAUACCCAUAGGUUACAUGUUAAAGUAAUGGUUUAAAAAUUGUAUUAAUUAAAAACUAGUGCAGAGGCAAAUGUUAUAGGUUAAGAAAAAAGUUGAAAAUUGUUAAACAUGACAUUCAGGUUUUGAUAUGAGUUCUCUUUCUUUUUACUGCUCCAGGCUAAAUCCAAUUGUUGCCUAUUCUCCAUUCAUCUUAGCCGUUGUUUUCCACAACUAUCAACUAAAAAUAACUUGUAUAUUUUAAUAGAAUUUCGGGGAACCUUCAAUAAUUGGCUAGAAAGAUAAACAAUGUAGAAGAUAUUUCUGGAAGCGUUGGUUCUACCGACGCAUAGAUAUAAAAGGGGAUUCAGAGAUUCAUCAAGAGCGAUUCAGAUAAAUAUUUUUAACUUCACGAGACAAAUGUAUUAUUCUUUGUGUGCUCAUAUAUGUUUAUUCUCAUUCAUCAUUGUACAUUAUUAAUUGGCACAUUGUACUAACUGUCUAUCGAUACAAGACUUCAAAUACUCUGUAAUUUGACGAUUGCAUUUAUAUUUCUUUAGUUUUCG